GAAUUAGAAAUGAGCGAGUCAUACGUGGUCGUGUCGUCUGAGGUGAAAGAGCUGCAAGACCGGAUGGCAGCUCUGGUGGCAGCAGAACAUUACGAGGAAGCAUGCGUGGUCCGCGACAGCCUAGCCAUGAUGGAGUUUCGGAAGCGUUUGUUAGAGAUUCAGGCCAAACCGCGCAUCAUGUACCGUGUGGGAGAUGUCAUCGUGCACCGCAGAUACGGCUAUCGCGGCGUUGUGUACGGUCACGAUCCUGAGUGCUCAGCCCCUUCCAGCUGGCAAGAUGCGAUGAAAGUGGACCUAUUGACACAUGGGAGAAGCCAGCCAUUCUACCACGUCUUGGUAGACACUCGAGAUAGAGCAGGAGGUGUCUCCACUUACGUCGCACAGGAAAAUCUCGUAGCCCAGAGUGAUGCUUCACCAGUCGUUCACCCCUGGAUUCCCAAG